AUGUGUUCCACAAAUCCAGCAAAUUGGGUCACCUUCGAUGAUGAGCCACUCUUCCAGUCACCUCAGAAACUGGUUGAUAAUCAGAGUUGUUGUAAAGCAAAUGGCCUUAAACUCAAUCUCUCUAGUGUGCAUGAUUCUUCAAGUAGGUCAUCUUCUACAGGUAGCACUCCACUCUCAUCUCCUGUAGUUGACUUCUACCUCAGUCCUGGACCACCCAGUAACUCUCCACUUACUACACCUACCAGAGACUACCCAGUAAGUCCAUGCAUCCCAAAGCCUGGGAUUCACCUCCUUUAUCCCAUCCCUGAAUGGCCGUCAAACAUUAACCUGCUUCCGUCACCCGGGACUUGCUCAUCCCUAACCUCGCAGAAGCCCAGCAGCCUUUCUUUGAACACCUUGCCUAAUGACCAUCCAGUUAAGACUUUGGUGUCCAAAUCAACAGACGAAGGAAGCCCUAAUCUGUCAGGAAGCUGCGAGGAGUCACGAGAGUUGUCAUCAGUACUGGGGCACUUCCCGUACUUCGAGAACGACUGUGCUUUUUCUAGUCCCUUUUGGACAGAAGGAUGCUCCCUCAGCACAUCACCAGCUAAUGUUGGCACCCACAGGAAGGACAAAGUGCUUGACAAGAGCAUCUGUCAUCCUAAAGACAAAGAGACUUGCCACGAUCAGAAAAGCCUUAACCAGGGCUCCUUCAGCUACAUCUGUGCGAGGCUUGAACAUCUGCAAGCCGAUGGCUGCAAUGCCACAGGAAGCCCACCUGUCUCCAGUGCUCAUGUGUGGCACAACCUCUCCGCUGCCAUCCCACGCAGCCUCUUCAGGAGCCAGAAAGCAGAUGGGUGGCUGUUCAUGCUGAGGAUUCCUGAAAAGAAGAACAUGAUGUCUUCUCGGCAAUGGGGCCCUAUUUACCUUAGCGUUCUAGCUGGAGGCGUGCUGCAGAUGUAUUAUGAAAAGGGCCUGGAGAAACCUUUCAAGGAAUUCCAGCUGCAGCCACACUGUAGACUGUCUGAACCCAAGUUAGAGAGCUACAAUGUCUCAGGAAAAAUCCAUACCGUGAAGAUCGAGUGUGUUUCUUACACAGAGAAAAGGAGGUAUCAUCCCAAAGCAGAAGUGGUCCAUGAGCCAGAGGUUGAGCAGAUGUUAAAGCUGGGUACCACAGAUUAUAAUGACUUCACUGAUUUCCUUGUAACAGUCGAGGAAGAGCUUAUGAAGCUUCCUACCAUUUCUAGACAGAAGAGGAAUUAUGAAGAGCAAGAAAUUACUCUAGAAAUAGUGGAUAACUUUUGGGGGAAAGUCACUAGGGCAGAAGGAAAACUGGUAGAAAGUGCUGUCAUCACACAUGUUUACUGCUUGUGUUUUGUGAAUGGAAGUGCUGACUGCUUUCUCACCCUGAAUGACCUGGAGCUCCAGAGGAGGGAUGAGCGUUACUUCGAGAAGGAGGAGGAGAAGAAAUGGAUUGAGAUUCUUGAUUGCCAUUUCCAUAACUGUGUCAAAGUGCAGGAAUUUGAGCAAUCGCGAAUUAUUAAGUUUACUCCCCCGGACGCUUAUAGGCUGGAGCUGAUGCGGUUCAGGACACAGUAUCAAGGGCAAGAGCUUCCCUUUUCUGUGAAGGCUGCUGUAGUGGUUCAGGGGGCAUAUGUUGAACUUCAGGCUUUUAUAAUCAUGUCUUCAACUGCUCUGAUCCCAGCCCGUUUGCCUUCUCUGAAAUACUGUGAAAAUGUUAUGAUACACUUUCCCGUUCCCACGCAGUGGGUGAAAACGCUUUGGACCAUGAACCUCCAAAGGCAGAAGUCCCUAAAAGCAAAAAUGAAUAGGAGAGCAUGCUUUGGAUCUUUACACGAGGUUGAAUCUGAUUCUCUAAUACAAGUCUCAAUUGGAACAGCAAAAUACGAGAGUGCCUACAGGGCUGUUGUGUGGAAGAUUGACAGGCUUCCAGAUAAAAACUCAAGUUCUGAUCAUCCACACAGCCUGUCUUACAAACUGGAACUCGGAUCAGACCAGGAAAUCCCAUCUGACUGGUAUCCAUUUGCUACUGUCCAGUUUGUUGUUCAUGACACCUGUGCCUCUGGAACAAAAGUCAAGUCACUGGGCAUAGAGAGUGAUCUGCAGCCCCAGAAGCACAUCAUUCAGAAAGCUUUUUACAAUUACCAGGUUGAAAUUGAAAAGAAGUGGAUUAGGCUUGAUGGAGAGGAUCCAGAUAAGGCUGGCAACUGCCUAAUGCAGUAAAAGAGGACAGGAGGCAUCGUCAUGGGAUAUUAGUGGGAAUCAAUUUCCAUAGCAAAUUCUAUUUUUAGGAGGAGAGCAGUGACC